GACAGUAUUCAGUUGUCUAUUUGCAUUUUUUGAGUUAAAUACAAAGUAAAUUUUAUCAAUAUUUGAAACAUUAUGUCUUUCAAAACAUUAAUCUUUUUCGGACUGUUGGCUGUUGCUCUAGGAUCUGUUCUACCUGAAAAAUAUUCAUAUGAAACUAUUAACUCUGAAUGGGUUUAUGGAGAUGAAGUUGAUGCAGUACCUGAUGAUGUUGUUCAUUUGAGGAAAGCUAGAUCACCUCAAGGCUCAAUGAGUGGGACUUUUGAACACAGUCGACGAGAUGGCUCGAGUGCAAACUUUGACUACAAUCACAGGCUAAGCAAAAAUUUGGAAGUCUAUGGAGGAGCUGGAAGGAAUUUCAGAUACAACGACAACAAUGCUCAUGCUGGCUUGAGAUAUAGAUUUUAAAUUGAGUCUAGAUUAGGGAAAUUAUUAUUUAUUGUAUAGCUUAAGUGUU